CGCACACCAUUGCGGCCCAAACCAGCGAUCAUGUCACGACCCAACCCCUUCCUCAACCUCUUCCGCCGCUACUACACCCGCCAAACCUCCUCCCUCUCCAAUCCCUCGCCUCCCACCCGCCCUCAAUGUCUCCGCGAACGCCUCCACCUCCGCCUCUCCCAACACCAACAGCGAAUCCUCCCCCUCCACAUCCGCCGCCACGCCUCCAACAAAACCGGCGACAACGGCCUCGACCCCAACUUCGUCUCCAUCCUCGACGCGCCCGCCAAAAUGGCGCGCGUCGGCAAGCAGCACCACCGCGGCGGCCUGCUCUUCCUCGCCAUCAUCCCCAUCACGGCCUUCGCCCUCGGCUGCUGGCAGGUACAGCGUCUGGGCUGGAAAACCGACCUCAUCGCCCGCUUCGAGGAUCGUCUGACGUUCCCGCCGCUCGAGCUACCCGUCCGCAUCGACCCGGAUGCGAUCGAGGAUUUCGACUAUCGCAAGGUGUGGGCCAAGGGUGUGUUGAGGCAUGAUCAAGAGAUGUUGGUAGGGCCGCGCAUGAUGGAGGGGGAGAAUGGGUACAUUGUUGUGACGCCGCUCGAGCGGACGGACGAGCGGGGCAACAAAUCCAAGAUUCUGUGUUGUAGGGGGUGGAUCAAGGCGGAUACGAAGGCGCAGUGGUUUCGGACGGCGUCGGGGGCGUUGCCCGAGGGGGAGGUCGUGAUUGAGGGACUGCUGAGGGUGCCGCCGAAAAGGAAUAUGUUUACGCCGGUGAAUCGGCCGGAGAAGGGGGAGUGGUUUUUCCCGGAUGUGGGGGAGAUGGCGAGGUGGACGGGGAGUCAGGAGGUGUGGGUUGAGGAGACGAUGACGCCUGAUUUGCUGGUCAACUAUGAGAGAGAGCCGAAAGGCAUUCCCAUUGGGAGACCGCCCACCGUCAACCUGAAGAACAAUCAUACGCAGUACAUCUUCACCUGGUACGCGCUAAGCUUAGCCACAUCCGUCAUGUUCUACAUGGUCGUGAAGAAGCCGAUAUCCGGCAUCCAGGCGCGCGUCAGACGCAGCCAUGAAUGGUCAUAGGUAAACCCUUGACCACUUCCUUCACCCAUCCUCAUCCUCCUCUUCCUGGAUAGCUUCCAUACGCUUCCUCUUCUGCCUCCUCCCCUUGGCACUCACAGGCUGCAUGCGGAGUUCCUGUAGCAACUCCCGAGGCAGCAUCUUCUGCGCUAGCGAGAACGCCGUCGUGUUUGCAGAGAUCUGACGUUGUCUAUUCGUACCAUCCGUCAGCUGGCGCACUUCCUGUACAUAUGUAUCAUACGUUGUGCAUAUAUGUACGAUAGCUCUGUAGAACGGAGCCAUUUAAAAAAACAGAGACUUAUGACAUACCUCUUCAUCAAACAAACCACAUCCUGCUCCUCCACCACCUUCCUCCCCGCA